AAGAAGCCCCACUCCCAGGUAUGUCAGAAGUUGCCACUAGACAAUAGGGAUGAGAUCUUUACAGCUAUUCAGAGUGAAGCAUGGAGGGUGAGAAGGGUGGUUAUUUGUCUCGUCAACUUGGAACAAUCAUGUGUUCUUUUCUCCUAUAGCAGCGAACAGUUUCCUGUUAAACAGCUAGUUUCAAACUUGUUGAUUCUUGUUAUGUCUCCUCUGAGGGCAAGGUAAAGGGAAUUUCCAUCUCUGCUUUGGCCUUUUCCCAAGGGACCUUCAUCUUUUAUAGGAAGGAGUGGCCAGGUGCGCUACCUGGCCGUUCUUAUCAUUGAUGAACUCUUCAUGCGUUCGAAGCUAUUCAGAUCUCUGCUAGUAAUCAACUUUGACCAGUUCUUGAGCUUAAGUGUUGGUUUCAGGAGAAAUAUGCCUCUUCCACCUCCAUCUUCCAUUGCGUCCAAUUUGCGUAAGAUGAGCAUAGAGCUGCUAGAGAAAUGGCAUUCCUCUUAUGGGAUUUACUAUAGGCAGCUAAGAUUGGGUUUCGAUUACCUGAAAAACACUCUCAGAUUCCAAUUCCCCAAUCGGUUAGAAAUUGCAGCUCGCUUGCAGCAAGAGAGAAGAGAAAGGGAAAUGAGGACACAGCAGAUUUUACUUAAUAAGUUUGAAAAUCUAAAGGAUAAUUUCUCCUCUAUCAAGAGUGAAAUUCAGUUGACAAUUGAUGAAAUUGGGGAGUGUUUAGCAAUUAUUAAUGAAAAAGAAGAGGAAUUUAAUCUGCAUAACUUUAGUGAAGAUGAUGAGGUGGGAGAAUUUCAGUCACUUACAUUGCGGCAAAUUCGUCUAGAUUCCUUAAAGGAAGGCCAGAAGGUCCAGGAGGACAACGACAAUAAAGCUAUCUUUGAUGCACUGAGGGAGUUGUUCAAGCUUCUAAUCUCAAAGCAUUUGACAUCAGUACAAGAGUGGAUAUCUGUACUCAUCAGAGUCGAUCUCAACGACCACAAAUUCAGGGACACCGCAUUAAAGGAGUUCAUUGACAUCCGUAAUGUUAUCCAGUCUGUUAGGAAUAGAUGUGUUCAAGUAGGUUGUGUGCUGAAUGACCCACCAAGUCAGGAGGAGGACAUCUGGGAAGAGGGUAAAAUAGAAGAUUACAUACCACAGAAUUCUGUCAUGAAUAGAAGCUUAGUUGAGAAUUCUGUAGAUAUUCCAAGUAGACACAAAUGCAAGAAGUCAGCUCCAACAGAAGAAAAUGAUCUAUCUGAUAGUUCACAAUCGGUGUCCGAAAGGUCAAGACUUUUGGUUGAAGCACCUGUAUUGUCUUGGGGUCCGUUCUUGGAUAACUGGGGUUCAAAAAGAGAUGUUUUGGCCAACCAGAGGGGACUGGAGCUGGACGGCCACUGGGGUAGAGUGGACUAUGAUGCUGUUAUUCCUGCAGAGAGGAUUGCAGAGCUGAGUGUUCAUCGCACAGUAUAUAAAGAGGAGGCAGUUGAAAUCCAGCCGUGCCUUGCUCCUUUAAGGAAAGGUGGGCUCUGCCAGAGGAAGGAUUUGAGGGUGUGCCCCUUCCACGGCCCUAUUAUACCACGUGAUGCUCUGGGAAAUCCUAUAGGAAGAAGUCCAUGUAGUACUGGAGAAAUCGAAAAAGAUUCUUCUACUGAGGCAACUGAACACAAUGGUGAAAAUGGUGCAGAAGAAACUCCCAAUUUGGGCAAGGUAACAGUUGAGCAAUUGGCGAAACAGGCAGUGAAGAAUGUGAGGGAAAGAGACAGAGAAGUCAAGAUGUUGAAGAGGGCAAAACUUGCAAAAGUCCGUGAACAUAACGAAGUUGUUUUACGAGAAGCUGCAAUUGCUUCAACCUCAUACUCCGAAGCCACUGUUGAGCGGAGGGAUGCCUCACAUGAAAGUCUAAGUGAGGGCAAGACCAAGAAGCCUACACUGGCAUCAAUGUUGAAGAAGAAAGUAACAGCCAAAGAUAGAAUAUCCCAAAGGCUGUUAAGUACACGUGUAAGUGAUUCUGCAACCAGACAACUCAUGCAGGGGGAGGAUCUAAAUUACAGAGAGGCUUUCCCAAAUCAAUGGUAACUAGAUACACAAUACACUAAUCAGAUUACUGGUAGAAGUGCAGCCUUCUUUGGAUGCCUUUAUGGUCAGGAGGACAGGUGAGAGUAAGCUGUAAAAAGGUCUGCAUUAUGGGCUACUUUGUACAAACACGAGGCAUGGAGGAAAAGGGUGGAAGAAUACAAACAAUUUGUUCAUUGGUUUAGGUAGUGUGUUUUGUUUGUAGUCCUUAUGAUCUAUUACGAAUUGGUGACGAGAUAUGACAGGAAGGGGGGUGGGCUUCUGAUGCUCGGAGGAAUUGCUGUGUAGAGUGGAUCAAAUAUUUUAAGCAGGUUACGUGUGUUGAUACUUUUCAUGAACGCCUCACUGUGAGGAAUUAGUAACAUUAAUUAAAAGUGAUUGGCCUCUUAUGAA